AUGGGACUCUCGGGACUUCUGCCUAUCCUGUUAUCACUCAUCCUCCUGGAGGAUGUCCAGGAAUCUGGGCUGGUUAAGGGGUUCUUUCUCAGAACAUGUCCCAAAAUCAGAGUAAAAUGCGAAAUCAAGGAAAGGAACCAAUGCAUGAAGCACAGACAUUGCCCGGAAAAGAUGAAGUGCUGCUUGUUCAGCUGUGGAAAGAAAUGUUUAGACCUCCGAAAAGAUACAUGCAGCAUGCCGAAGGAAGUUGGCGCCUGCAUGGCCUACAUUCCACGCUGGUGGUAUGAUA